UGGUGCACAGUGUUUUUGUGUGAAAUUUUUGAAUUUUCCUGCAGUGGCUAAACUUUUCAGAUUUUUUUGAAAAUUUGGUAUUAGACAGGCAGGACUUUUAAGUGUGAAUUGUGUUUCCUGAAACCUUUUUUUGUUUUGGAAUAUAAGAGUUAUGAGGAUUAAACGUGAAGCGCCGUGUCUUGUUUUGCGAUUCAUUCCUAUUCAACAAAUAGGAAACCAUGAUUACUGUGACAGUCCAUUACUGUCGCCGAGUUCCCGAACAUCUACGCCAGAAAGCGAAUCACCUCGCGGGGAUUUAAGUCAAAAUUCCAGUACUGAGGAUAUUCAUUCACAUCCGGCAUCCCGUGUCCUACCAUUUUUAUAUUUGGGAAAUGGUAAAGAUGCGGCCGAUUUGGAGUGCCUACAGAAGCUUGGAACAACUUGUGUAUUAAAUGUCACCUCACAAUUACCAGGAUAUCACGAAACCCGGGGUAUUACCUAUAAACAGAUACCUGCCACAGAUUCUGGUCAUCAAAACCUGAAACAGUACUUCGAAGAAGCUUUCGAUUUUAUAGAAGACGCACGAAAACGAGGCGCAAGUGUCUUAAUACAUUGUCAAGCGGGAGUAUCGCGCAGUGCCACAAUUGCGAUUGCAUACAUCAUGAAACAUAAACAGCUGUCAAUGAUUGAAGCAUACAAGUUUGUUAAGACUGUUAGACCCAUAAUUUCACCAAAUUUGAAUUUUAUGGGUCAACUACUUGAAUUAGAGCAAAGUUUAUAUACGGAUCCAGACACAAAUCAAAAUUUUCACAAUCGUUGGAAAGACGAAUUACCUACUUAUAGUACAUAAGAAUAUUUCUUUUUAAAAAUUUUCUUUUUUUUUUUUUUAGUUUUUAUGUAUCAAAAUAUAGGGUUUUUUUUUUCUUUCAAAAUAUAUUUCUGAUUUUGUAAAUAUAUACCUGUGUAGCUAAAAGAAAAUGGAAUAUUUUAUACCUUUCUAUACCGCCCUAACGAAGUUUUAUUUGGCUUUCAUUCACAUUUCUUACGAUUUUUCAAAAUAAAUAACGAUUUUCAUUAAACCGAUACAUUUAGACAAUAUACAUUCAAAGUUUUCACUUUACGUAUAUCGAUUAAAAUGCAAGCUUUCAAUGUAUGAUGAAAAGUUGACGAACUGCACAAAUUGCUAAGAUUUAAUU